AUGAAGAUCCUUCCUGGCUGCCUUCAUUUCUACUUCAUUCCCUUCUUACUCAGCCAGGCCCAUGGAUUCCUAAUGUGGAGAACACCUCCAGCCUUCCUGGUUUAUAACUACUCCUAUUUAAACCUGUCCUCUGUCUCAGAAGCACGAGCUCCCAAAACAGCAAGAGCUCUCAAUUUCUCACACAAUGUCAUUGAAAAUAUUAUCAAGGGAGACUUGGAAGGAUUUGACUGGCUGGAAGUUCUGGACUUUUCCUACAAUCAGAUCAGGGCUGUUGAGCCUGGAGCAUUCCAGAGUCUGCUCAGCCUGGUUUCUGUGGAUUUAUCAUUUAAUGAUGAGAAGCUGCUUCUGUCAGAUCUCCCACCCCACCUGAAGCUCUCACCUGCUGGCAAAGCUCCGAGGUCUUUGCAGCUUUCCAGGAAUUCUGGCAGAUCCUCAGGGGCUGCUCUGGAGCCCUCUGCUCCUGCAGAGGAGCUCCCCAGGCUCAGGAGAAGCCCAGGGAAUCUUCUUCGGAGGGGAGAGAGGAACACAACAGCCCUUCCCACAGCCACAGCUGAGCCCACCCUCUGUGGAACUCCCAUCAACGGGACACUCAACCUGUCCCACAGCAACCUCACCCAGGACGAGCUGAUGGUAAAACUGGAUGAGAAUCUCUGCCAAGCUCAGCUGGACAGGAUUUUGGAGCUUGACAUCAGUCACAACAACGUGGAAAUGGAUCUUCUGUCACUGUUUUCCCUGUUCUUCCACAUGGAAAACACGCUGUCCAUUGAUGCCAGCUCCAACAAGUUAACCAUUAACAUCCUGGAUCCAGAAUUCUUCUGUGAGUUCCCAUCCCACCAGCUUCUGUUCCUAAACAUCAGCAACAACCCCAUUAACAGCCUGUUUACGCUGUGCCUCCCUUCCAGCAUCAAGGAAAUUGAUUUGUCCUUCACCAACAUCAGCCAAAUACCCCCAAAUUUUGCUAAAAAAUUGCUUAACUUGGAAAAACUGUAUGUUCAAGGAAACCACUUCAUCUACACAGUGUUCUCAGAAAGCGGUAACACACUUCCAAUGUGUGUCCCUCCCCCUGGAACUGUACACAUCAAUGCCAUCUCCUUUGUCAGGAACGAGGCUGGGACACCCAUUGAAAGCCUUCCAGAGAAAGUGAAACUCCUGGGAAUGUCCAACUGCUCCAUUGUGGAGCUGCCAGAGUGGUUUGCUGACACAGUGGAAGAACUGUUAUUUCUGGACCUCAGCUGCAACCACAUUUCUGUACUUCCCAAUUUCCCCCCCUCCCUGCAGCAUCUCGACAUCAGCAACAACGACAUCAAAGUCAUCUCCCCCAGUCUGAAAUCCCUCUCCAACUUAACAAUAUUUAGGAUUCAAAAUAACAAAAUUAUGGGUGUACACACGGAGUUUUUUCCAUCAGCCUUAAAAAAAUGUGAUCUUAGUAAAAACAAAGUGAAGGUGUUGUCCUUAACUUCUGCCCUGGAGAAGCUGGAACACCUCAACGUUUCAGGGAACCUGAUCACGCGUCUGGAGCCUGCCAGCCACCUUCCUGCACUGACCAGCCUGGACAGCAGCCACAACCUGAUCCCAGAACUGCCCGAUGGCUUUGGGGCAUCCCUCCCAGGGCUCAAGUACUUUAACCUGUCAGGGAAUAAGAUCUCCUUUCUGCAGCGUGGCUCUCUCCCAGCUUCUCUGGUCGAGCUGGACAUCAGUGACAACGCCAUCACGACCAUUGUGGAGGCCACGUUCGGCCCGCUGACGAGCCUCAGGCUUCUGACUGCCCAAGGGGAGCAUUUUUUCUGUACCUGCGACCUGUACUGGUUCGUGAACAUCUACCUCCAUGAGCCCCAGCUGGAGAUCAGGGGCAGGCGGGCCAUGAGGUGCAGCUUCCCCCCGGAACGCCGGGGUUUCCCGGUGGGCAGCAGCCGCCUGACGCUGCUGCGCUGCUCCCUGGGUGUCCAGCUGGCCGUGACCGCUGCUGCUGCCAGCCUGGCCGUGCUGGCCCUCACCGCGCUCUGCUGGCGGCUGGACGGGCCCUGGUACGUCAGGAUGGGCUGGUACUGGUGCAUGGCCAAGAGGAAGCAGUAUGAGAAGCGGCCAGAAGACAAACUCUUCGAUGCCUUCAUCUCGUACAGCGAGCACGACGCCGACUGGACCAAAGAGAACCUGCUGGAAAAGCUGGAAAAUGACGGGUUCAGGAUAUGUUACCAUGAGAGGGAUUUCAAGCCAGGGCAUCCUGUGCUUGGGAACAUUUUUUACUGCAUAGAGAACAGCCAUAAAGUGCUUUUUGUUCUUUCUCCCAGCUUUGUGAACAGCUGCUGGUGCCAGUACGAGCUGUAUUUUGCCGAGCACUGGGUCCUGAACGAAAACCUGGAUUCCCUCAUCAUGAUUGUGCUGGAAGAUCUCCCACCCCACAGCGUCCCACAGAAAUUCAGCAAACUCAGGAAACUGCUGCGAAGGAAAACUUACUUGAAGUGGAGCCCUGAGGAACACAAGCAGAAAAUGUUCUGGCAUCAGCUAAAAGCUGUCCUAAAAACAACCAACGAGCCGCUCGUGAGAGCGGAGAACGGAUCUGCUCUGCAAAUGCAGGAGCUGGAAUGAGACCCAGGGAACUCUGAAGGCUGUGCCUGGAAAACCUGUGGUCAGAUAAAAGCAUUUACCUCCUGCAAAAGCUGCUCUGAUGCCCAGGGCUUUGUCUGCAUCAGUCCCAGGAGAGGCUCCCAGGGGGACUGCAGCACACUCGUUAUUCCCUCUGAUAAAGAAUCCUGAAGGGAAGAGACCCAAGAACUGGUAAGAAGCAUCCUCCUGGAUGCUUGAAUUUGUCCAGCUAUUCCCAGCAUUUCUU